AUUGUUGUCAGUGGGAGGUUUUGCAUCGCAGUUGAUCAACCCGUGACUUUCUCAUCUGUUUCACUUCGCUUUUACCCGACGGCUUUAGUCUUAAUGAAGGAUCAUGAUCAUGAACACUUUGCUUUUGUUGACUUUAGUGUCCGCUGCCUCAGCUUUUCACCUGUCUGAACAAGACGAGUUGCACUUCAAGUCAUGGAUGAUGCAGCAAAACAAAGUGUACACCAAUGGAGAGUACUAUGACAGGCUGCAGACAUUCACUGAGAACAAAAGGAGGAUUGACAAACACAAUGAGGGAAAUCACUCUUUCACAAUGGGACUGAACCAGUUUUCAGACAUGACAUUUGGUGAAUUUCGGAAGUCUUUCCUCUGGAGUGAGCCUCAGAACUGCUCUGCUACCCAAGGGAACUUUCUGAGCAGCAACGGACCACAUGUGGACUCUAUUGACUGGAGGAAGAAAGGAAAUUAUGUGACAGAUGUGAAGAAUCAGGGAGGUUGUGGUAGCUGCUGGACUUUUUCCACAACAGGCUGUUUGGAGUCUGUCACUGCCAUUGCCACUGGGAAACUGGUGCCACUGUCAGAACAACAGCUGGUGGACUGUGCCCAGGAUUUCAACAACCAUGGAUGCAACGGCGGCCUUCCAAGUCAAGCAUUUGAAUACAUCAUGUACAGCAAGGGAGUGAUGACAGAGGAGGACUACCCAUACACAGCCAUGGAUGGUACUUGCAAAUAUAAACCAGAACGGGCAGCUGCUUUUGUGAAAGAGGUGAUGAACAUAACAGCGUAUGACGAGAUGGGGAUGGUGGAUGCUGUCGCCACACGCAAUCCUGUCAGCUUUGCCUUUGAGGUGACCUCUGACUUCAUGCACUACCAACAGGGCGUGUACACCAGCACUGAAUGCCACAGCACCACAGACAAGGUGAACCAUGCAGUGCUAGCUGUUGGAUUUGGAGAGGAAAAGGGCGUCCCUCACUGGAUAGUAAAGAACUCAUGGGGAUCCAGCUGGGGGAUUGACGGAUAUUUUCUCAUUCAACGUGGGAAGAACAUGUGUGGACUAGCUGCCUGCUCAUCUUUCCCGGUGGUGUGAUUUCUGCAAGAUAGCAAACUACAAAAGGGUUGAAAAGGGAGCAAAAAAAAGAAGAUUUUUAUUCAUACUUUUUUAUAUAAUCAGCAGCCAACUGUGCAUCAUUGUUCAAUAGGUUUUUAGCAAAAUUGAGUCUGAUCCAAUAAUGAACACUAUGACAAGAUUUGUUAAAUCAUAUGUAGAUGAAUCAAUAUAUUUGUGAUUUUUG